AUGAAGCAGCGAGACGUGGCAAACCGUAUCAUUGCUCACUUACGGACAGAACUGGACCUCAUAAGGAGGGAGGUCAUCGAAGCGAAGCACAGAGACAUCAUCCAUAAUCGCGUUGAUCAGCAAGCUCCCGCUAGUUCAGCAGGUGACCGAAGCUCAUCCUUUGUAAAUUCAUCAGAAUCGUCGAAACCUCUCCGAUCACGGACUAGAGGAUGGAAACAAAUAGAUGAGAUCAAAGAAAGGAACCGUGAACUAACCCAGGAGAUAUGCGAUCUAGCAGAAACAGUGUCGCAUCUAAAACGCGUAAUUAAGGACAAGGCAGACGCAGAGCAACGUCAAUCCGAGGUACGCAGUUGUUGUAGACUGUCUGAGGUAGCCAAGCGGUACUGUUCUGUCUGCCUGUUUUUAUUGCUAAACAUGGAUAUCCCGGCAGAAGCUGCCAGAUACUGCACCCAGGAUCGUCUUCCUUCUUGGCAAAUUGACAGGGACAACCGACACAACCUAUAA